AUGGCCCGGGAGAACGGCGAAAGCAGCUCCUCCUGGAAAAAGCAAGCUGAAGACAUCAAGAAAAUUUUCGAGUUCAAGGAGACCCUCGGAACUGGAGCAUUUUCUGAGGUGGUUUUAGCUGAAGAGAAGGCAACAGGAAAACUCUUUGCUGUCAAGUGUAUUCCCAAGAAAGCGCUGAAGGGCAAAGAAAGCAGUAUUGAGAAUGAGAUUGCUGUUCUGAGAAAGAUUAAGCAUGAAAACAUCGUUGCCCUGGAAGAUAUUUAUGAAAGCCCAAAUCACUUAUACUUGGUCAUGCAGCUUGUAUCUGGUGGAGAGCUGUUUGAUCGGAUAGUGGAGAAGGGAUUUUACACGGAGAAAGAUGCCAGUACUCUGAUCCGCCAGGUCUUGGAUGCUGUAUACUAUCUCCACAGGAUGGGCAUCGUCCACAGGGACCUUAAGCCUGAAAAUCUAUUGUACUACAGUCAAGAUGAGGAGUCAAAAAUAAUGAUCAGUGACUUUGGGUUGUCAAAAAUGGAGGGUAAAGGCGAUGUGAUGUCCACAGCUUGUGGAACCCCGGGCUAUGUCGCUCCCGAGGUCCUCGCCCAGAAACCUUACAGCAAAGCUGUUGACUGCUGGUCCAUUGGAGUGAUUGCCUACAUCUUGCUCUGUGGCUACCCGCCUUUCUAUGACGAAAAUGACUCCAAACUCUUUGAACAGAUUCUCAAGGCAGAAUACGAGUUUGACUCCCCAUACUGGGAUGACAUCUCCGACUCUGCUAAAGACUUCAUUCGGAAUCUGAUGGAGAAAGAUCCAAAUAAAAGAUACACAUGUGAGCAGGCAGCUCGGCACCCCUGGAUUGCUGGUGACACGGCCCUCAACAAAAACAUUCAUGAGUCUGUCAGUGCCCAGAUCCGGAAGAACUUCGCAAAAAGCAAAUGGAGACAAGCAUUUAACGCCACGGCGGUCGUGAGGCAUAUGAGAAAACUGCAUCUUGGCAGCAGCCUGGACAGUUCAAAUGCAAGUGUUUCAAGCAACCUCAGUUUGGCCAGCCAAAAAGAUUGCCUGGCAUCCUCUACCCUCUGUAGUUUCAUUUCCUCCUCCUCGGGGGUCUCAGGAGUUGGAACUGAGCGGAGACCCAGGCCCACCACUGUGACGACGGUGCAUACUGGCAGCAAGUGA